UUAGCUCUUCUAGUUUCAAUAAACAACAGAUAUACUUCCAAAAUGAGAUAUUUUCCAUAAGGGAAUAAAAAGAUGGAAUGAAUCUUUGUAAUUAAGAACCUUAGAAAAGACAUAAACAGCAACAUUACAGAUGAUUCUUAUCUGUCUUUGAAAUUCUUUGCAAAUUCAUAUGCCACAUACAAACACUAUAUAUCAUACCAAACAGAAGGGAAGAAGUACAUAUUAAAACAAAAUGGCCUUCUUUGCUUUUCUUUUAGUUGCUCCUGUUUUGUUGAUGAGCCUAGGUGGUGCUGCUGCUGUUUCUGGGUGUGAGCUUAGCCAUGAACAAGAAGCAGAUAGAGUCAUUAAACUUCCAGGCCAGCCAGAAGUGAGCUUCAAGCAAUAUGCAGGCUAUGUUACUGUCAAUGUAACUCAUGGAAGAGCACUGUUUUAUUGGUUCUUUGAAGCCACCACAAAACCAAGAAAACCCCUUGUUCUUUGGCUUAACGGAGGUCCUGGGUGCUCGUCAAUCGGAUAUGGAGAAGCAGAGGAGCUGGGACCUUUCUUCCCUCGAAAACGUCAACCCGAACUGAAGCUCAACCCUUACUCAUGGAACAAAGCUGCAAAUUUAUUAUUUAUUGAAUCUCCUGUUGGAGUUGGAUUCUCCUACACCAAUACCAGCAGUGACAUCAAUGAACUGGGUGACACACUUGCAGCUCAAGAUUCAUAUACAUUUCUCCUCAACUGGUUUCAAAGAUUUCCACAGUUCAAGUCCCAUGACUUCUACAUUUCCGGAGAAAGCUACGCGGGUCACUACGUCCCACAGCUUGCGGAGGUCAUUUAUGAUAAUAAUAGAAAAGCUCUCAAUAAGAAUCACAUUAGUUUUAAAGGUUUUAUGAUUGGCAAUGCAUUAUUAGAUGAUGAAACAGAUCAGACAGGAAUGAUAGAUUACGCAUGGGAUCAUGCUGUAAUAUCUGAUAGAGUUUACCAUGAUGUCAAGAGCAAAUGCAACUUCAGCCAGCAACGUCCAUCAAAAGAAUGUAACCAAGCCCUCAAUCAGUACUUUGAUGUGUACAAAAUCAUCGAUAUGUACAGUUUGUAUGCUCCCAGAUGUGUCAAUAGCAACUUUAGCACUACCAAACAGCUCCCUGUCAUUGAAGGCAUCGCUCCCCAACUAUUUUCCAAGUUUGAAGAUUGGCGCAGGAAGCCUGCAGGCUAUGAUCCUUGUGCAUCAGACUACACAGAGAUGUAUAUGAACAGGCCAGAUGUUCAAGAAGCUCUUCAUGCUAAUACAACAAAAAUUCCAUAUCCAUGGACUCAUUGCAGCAAUAACAUUACAUUUUGGAAUGAUGCACCAGCAUCAAUUCUUCCCAUAAUAAAAAAGCUAAUAGCUGGAGGCAUAAGAAUCUGGGUUUAUAGUGGGGAUGCUGACGGCAGAAUUCCAGUAACUUCAACAAGAUACACAUUAAACAAGCUUGGGUUAAACACUAGACAGGAAUGGUCACCCUGGUAUUAUAAAAAACAGGUUGGUGGAUGGACAAUUGAGUACGAUGGACUGAUGUUUGUUACAGUUAGAGGGGCAGGUCACCAAGUUCCAACAUUUAAGCCCAAGCACUCUCUCCUGCUUAUUAAACAUUUUUUGGCUAAUGAGAAACUGCCAUCUGUACCAUUGUAAUAGCCGUUUAAGGAAUACACAUGAUGAUUGCUUCUUCAUUCUUUCUAAUUGAAAUAAGAAAUGAAGUCGUAUAGAAAAUAUUAAAAGCCUAAAUAUAGAUGAAUUGGAUGAUAUUGAGUUUCAAACAAUUGAAUUUUUCUUUAACCUAUUUCGGUUUUGCUA